AUGAAAGCAAUAAUAGUGGGUGGAGCGCCGUAUGGAAUAGUGCUGGCAUGUCGGAUCAAGGAGAUCGACAAUACAUCUACCGUGCUUGUUAUUGAAAGAGGGUCUUCGAUAUGCCUGAGCAUGGUCCCAGCUAGCAGCAGGCACCAAGGUGACACAGAGCAGACUUUUGUUGACGAAAGCUACCUACAAGAUCUAGGAAUCGAGAUAAGGAGAUUUUCUGAAAUCCACUCUAUUGAAGCAGAGACGAAGCACGUCCAUCUGCACGACAUUGCAGCAAAUUACUCAUACACAGAGAACUAUGAUGCGUUGAUUCUCUCUUCCAACAUUGAAGCAACCGAUGGGAAUAUUGCUUGGCAUGAGAUCCCUAGAGUGUUCAAGUGUAGAACGCAUGACGACUUGUCAAGCCUUGUCGCUCAGAUGCAGGAACAAUCUCCAUCAAAGGUUAUCGUCAUGGGGGAAAGUUUGCUGUCUUUGCAGAUGGCAGAAGGAUUGUGCGAAGCACACGCAGUCAAAGACCAGGUCGAGAUUCUACACAGCGGCUCAAAGGUCUACGGAAAACUGGACACUGGCAAGUAUAUGGCAGAGAUGCUCCAUAAUCGCAUUCGGCAGAGAGGAGUUGGAAUCACUCUGAAGGAAACGUUGUGCGAGAUCAGGGAAAACAUGGAACAAGUCGAAAUUGUAUCCGAGACAGGCGUGAUCCAUCGUGCUGACUUCGUGAUCUUGUGUAUCGAAUAUCAUCCGGAGACAGAUCUUGCGAGGAAAGCCGGAAUACGCAUCGGCCAGUCUGGUGCAGUUAUGGUUAACGACAGGAUGGAAUCGACGCAGCGAGGCGUGUGGGCUAUGGGAAGAUCAGCAGAGACUUCAGUCGAUAUCUGCAUUACACCACAUGAGCUGGCAUAUUUGCGGCAGGCUCACAUCAUCGCAGACGACCUUUUCCAUCACGAGAACACAAUCACAACUUCUUGCAUGACCGAGAGCUUUCAGAUUCUGGGAGAAGCUGUAGCUGUCACUGGCUUUGAUGAGGAAGAAGCAAGGCAGAAGGGCAUCGCCUAUCAAAAGAUUUACGUGACAGAUUCCGCUUGUAAAUUUCGUAACAUCACUUCGUACUCCCUCAAAGUGCUAUUCAAAGAGGGAGACGGAACAGUUAUUGGUGCUCAGUGCAUCGGGAUAGGAGAUGUUGCUGGCCUUCUUGACACUUUCACCCUUGCCAUUCAGGGCCACCAAACAGUUUUCGACCUUGAGAGCUCCGAGCUGUGCAAGGCCGGAGAACAUCCUAUUAACAGGGUUGGAGCCAUCGGCUCGGACUCGCUCCGGAUGGACUGUCCUCUCAUCUCCUGGGAAAAGGUUCUGAACUUGGACUGUGCUGACAAGACGAGGUCAAAGGUGACGGCAGACUGUAUCUUGAUCGAUGUCAGGGAACAGGAGGGUUACAACCAGUUCCACGUUCCGGGUUCGAUCAAUGUUCCCCUGAGCUCCCUGGACGCGUCUUUGGACCAUAUCAAGCAGAAAUCUCUGGUCUACGUCUACUGCGAGGAUUCGGAGCUUUCUUGUGAAGCGACCUGGACGCUGAGGAGCAGAAACUUCAACAGCUUCAGUGUGAGCGGCGGGUUGUUCAGCUACCACCUGCUCAAAGACUCUCUCCCCCAUAAAGACCUCAUAUUCUUCGGCUGCGAGUGCAACUGCAAGGGGAACUCGAUGAAAGAUGAAAGAGGGGGAGAUUAUGCUGGAGAAGUCACUUUGAAAUCAGAAUGCAGGUUGUAA